GAGCUCCAACAAAUUAAGACGAUUAAAUACGAGCAUUUUUGAUGGCCUGUCAAAUCUUCAACAAUUAAAAUUGGCAUCCAACAAACUAACAUCUGUACCCAUCCUUGGACCAUCUGCAAGAAACCUGACUCAAUUGAUAUUACAUCACAAUCGGAUUACAAAUAUCAGUCCAGCAGCACUUCGUGGCCUGACAUCAUUACGAACGUUAGAUCUCAGCUACAAUCGUAUUGGCCAUCUGCGGACGGACACCUUCCCAACAGACAAUCGGCUCCAAUUCCUUUUGUUGGAGAACAACCGAAUCGGUACUUUACAGCAGGGAUGCCUCAACAAUCUUCGUUCAUUGGAGAUCCUCAAGCUCAACCGUAACCACAUUGAAUCACUGCCCCGUGAUCUCUUCACCCACCUUGAGAGUUUGAACCUUCUUGAACUAAGUCGCAAUGAGCUUACCACGGUUGACAGUCUGGUCUUCAGUGGCCUAGAAUCUUUAGAGGAACUCAGCCUUAGUCGUAACCAGCUGACUGAUUUGAUGGAUGGUGCUUUCUAUGGGCUCAAUGCCAUCCAACAACUAGAGCUGGAUGGCAAUGAACUGACCACCAUCAGCCGCCGAUGGCUCUUCGGUCUCAAGUCCCUGCUCCAUCUGACGGUGGCCCACAACCGUAUCAACGAGACGGAAGCCUCCGGUUGGGAGUUCUGCCCCAACCUAGAGUACCUAGACCUGUCUCAUAACAGGCUCACCACACUGGAGACAGAAGGAGAGACUGUUGGAGAGAGCGGAGGUCCUGCUGCUCAGGGAACCAAUGGGGGUGCUGCAGGGUCCGUAGGGGUUCCUCCUUGGCCACCACUAUUGAGGGAGCUCUAUAUCAAUCAUAACAGGAUCACACAAGUGGCCGAUGGAGCAUUCAUCCAGCUAAAUCUGCUUCAAGUUCUGGACCUGAGCGAUAAUGUCAUUGCUUGGACAGUAGAGGAUAUGACUGGUGCCUUUGAUGGUCUUGAAUCAUUACUUCGAUUAGGACUGGCCAACAACAACAUUAAUUCUAUUGCCAGAAGAGCAUUCACUGGACUCACUAAUCUCCAGUCUCUGGACUUUGCUGGAAAUGCUAUCACUACAGUAGAGAACAAUGCAUUUGAAGGCAUGCCCCAACUCAACCAACUACUGGUGAACAGUUCUAGCAUGGUGUGUGACUGCCAGAUGGCAUGGUUCCCAGUCUGGGUAAAGGAGAACAAUCUUGGUGAAGGAGUGGAUGGACGCUGCGCCCAUCCAGAUGAUCUCCAGGGCAUGGAUAUCUUCAGUGUUGAUCCGGAAGUGUUUACAUGUGAUGAUCGUUUGAAACCUUUCAUCAUCCGCGAGCCUGAGACGACGGUUUCGCUGAAGAAUGACAAUGUGUCUCUCAUAUGCACUGCUGGCAGCACAAGCGAUGUACCUGUCACAUUGCUAUGGAAGAAGGAUAAGGCAAUCAUGGAAGAUGCAAAUGCUAUCUACUUUGAGAGACUAAACCCGAAUGGUGUUAAUGAAUAUACCUCAGUUCUCAGCCUCUCUCAUAUCAAGGAGGAAAACCAAGGAAGAUACCAAUGCAUUAUCUCUAAUGAGUUUGGUGUCACAUACUCAAAGAAGGCCAGAGUUACUGUGCAUAUUUUCCCAUCAUUCACCGUCACACCAAGCCAUGUCAGUGUACGUGUUGGAGGAAUCGCUGAACUCCCUUGUGCAGCCACAGGUCAUCCCACCCCAAAGAUUGCCUGGCAGAAGGAUGGAGGCAUCAACUUUCCGGCCGCCCGCCAACGCCGCAUCAAGGUCAAGACUGAGCUUGCAGAGUUCUACAUCGACAACGUCCAGAUGAGCGACACUGGUGUGUACACGUGUACUGCCCUCAACGCUGCAGGCACCAUCAGCAGCAAUGCUACUCUGACUGUUCUUGAGCCACCUCUGUUCACCAGUCAAAUGAAGGACCUGACUAUUGAGGUUGGAGAACCAGCUGUCAUGGAAUGUAACGUUGAGGGAAGUCCUCGUCCUAGUAUCAGGUGGUUCAAGGAUGAUGAGCCUUUCACAUUAUCUGAUGGCAUGCACCUGACUGACUUUGAUCGUUACCUGAUCAUCAUGAAUGCAGCAGGCAGGGACGGUGGCAGGUACACAUGUGAGGCCACAAAUUCUUUAGGCACACGAACAGACAGUGCAAAGCUUGUUGUGACUAAAAAAUCUGGUACCAUAUGGAAUAUGACCACAACCAGUAUCAUCAUUGUAGUCGUCAUUUGCUGUAUACUGGGUACAUCACUCAUCUGGGUUGUCAUUAUCUAUCACACUCGCAAACGAACAAGGAGAUAUAGAGUUGAAGAAUCAUCUCAUCACGUAGUCCCACCAGAGAUUCCUAGCUCCACCCUCAAUGGAUCCUCAGAAGGUACCAUUCAUCAAGAGACAAGCAGUGGGGUCUCAAGUGCAGCAACAGACAAGUACCAAGAUGACAAUGCGAGUGACUGCGAUUCUCUAGAUGGACCAGUGAAUAAACUCAGUACCUUCAGGUUUGCCAAUCAGGUGCGAAUGGCAGCCAUCUUUCCUAGUGAGACCAAAGUCAUAGAGCCACCUGAAAUAGCGCCAUGCCCCCCUCAUCACUGCAGUAUUCAAGAUGGGCCUCAUCAAAACGGUAUGGAGGGGUACUGCCCCUCGGAUUCCAUCAGUGAAGCUGAUCGCACCACCUUAGAAAGACGCGGUCAGCUUUCUGCCUUACCGUGCUGCAACGCUACAGGCCGCUCAUUGGACAGUGCAAUCAAUAAACACAUGUACCUUCACCAUGGGGUUGGAGGACGUUUGCAUCCCUCCAGGAAAGGGGGAAGUGACGGUGAGGAGGGGGAGAUCGAGGAGGAGGACGAUGAAGAUGUGUUUAUGGAUGAGGCAACCAGGGAUAGGUUGCAGAGAGAAAGACUCUUGACAAACUCGGAUGAGGGUCUGGGUAGCCAGACAGCCUCACCGGUCAAUAGACACAAUUAUCGUAGGAGCAAUCACCCACCGCCCCAGUGCUGCCAUUCCUAUACCUCAAUGUCAUCACCAGAGGGACGAUGCACGUCACCUAGCAGCUUUAACUUACCUCAUGAAAAUGCACAAAAGGGAGAUGCAUACAGUAGGAUGGCAAUGUCAUCAUCUUCACUCCCUUGCAAUGGACGGAUUCCUAAUGUACACCUCUACGAGAAUCCCACCAGUUCAGUUCAAGACAGAGACUUGAUAGACGGCCAUCUAUGCCGUAGCCACAAUCAUGUAAAUAAUGUCAAUGUUAACAACAACGGUAACACCAAUCACUCCCCUGUUGCCGAUCCCAUCAGACAAUCACAUAGCAUUCCCACUGCAAUAUCUUCCAAGGGCAACAUCUCACCCGGAAUAGGGGCGCUGCUAUCGCCAACAACCCACCAACCGCAAGUGCAAAAUGGUCACCUGCACAGCCACCACCGGCCCCACCACCCGAAUCAUCACAUCGAUAAACCGACCCACCGAAAGUCGGGUCGCCAUCCAGAAAAGCACCACUUGAAAAGCAAAACAUCACCCAAAUCGGGACAGUCGAUACCAAGGACUUCUUAUUUACCAUCGUCUAAUACCCAUCCUGCUCAUCAUGUGACAUCACCCACGCUAACGUCGCUAACAGAAGCCUGAUUGGGUUUGACUUGGUAUAUAUAUAUAUACUCGGACUAUCUAGGGUGAUUAUGGAAAUAUGCUCAUUGUGUGUGCAAACUACUAUGAUGUCUAAAUGGAAUACAUUAUGUGUAAAUGGUUGCUAAAUAAUAGAUGUAACUUUUUACCAAUGUGGAUGCAAAUCUCAUUUAUUUUCUGCCUGUGUUAUUUGAGCUGUAUAUCAAAGCUGGAUGGAACAUUUAAUUUAUAUUAUAUGAUACUAAGCACCACCGAAGGCAAGACAUCACCUCUUCUAUUGCUUUAUGUUAUCUAUGCUUAACAAGAUACAUCGAUGUUGCAGCACCACCGAAAACAACUAGAUGUGCCUAUGUAGACGCUAUGGAGUGCCAAAUUAUUUUUUCCCCUACUUCUUCACAACUCGAUAUUGCGACAGUAUGAUACUGUGUAUUUUACUUGUGAGAGCUAGUCAUACACCCUUUACAGUGGAAAGGAACACCUAGGACCUGUCUUAUGAAGAGUUGUGAUUGAUGCGAUCAAUCUUAUUUAUGGAAGCAAGCAACACCAUUAUCUAGAAGGCACAUGCUUUUUCCAAUCAUGUCCUAUGACAAAUACUCCAAUAUUGUCAUCAUUUUAGUCUAUCUGCAUGAUCCGUCUGGUUCACAAACAGACAAGUGUGUAUGCUUAUCAAUGGUCAAUUAUCGUGCUGAUGGCUUUCCAUAAUUGCUUGGACCAAUGACACUCUUUUGUAAGACUGCGCCAAUGAUAUAUUAGUAGUAGAUUUAGCUUUGUAUAAAUUGUUUUGCAUGUCAAUAGUUUGAAAUCAACUUUGUGUAGGAUCUGAAAUACUUUGUAAGUGCUUUGGAGGUGUCCCCCCUGUGAAUUUUGUGGCGAUUUUUGUGAGACGCUCAGCUAUCAUGUGUGUAUGCAUCUCAUGUACAUCCAAUAAGAAUGUUGCGCAUUUCAGACAUCUUCGUUUGUUUAGCAUUGAUAAAUCUCACUCUUUUAGAUUAGAUAUAUCAGAAUCAAAUAUUAACAUUAAUAUGCAGUUGGCAUGAAUCUAUGCAUGAAGAUUUUAUGUAAUGUAAUGAUUCAUUUUGUUCUGUUUGACGGGGGGGGGGGGAUUUAUCAAUGAAAAAUAACAUUUAUUUGAACAGAUUAAUUUUGAUAUAAGCAAACCUUUUCAUAUUUUGGGGUGCCAGUAACAUGCCAACGAUAAUUGAAAGUGGGAUCUUUGCAAUCAGUUAGAUGAUUCAUUCCAUAUCGACUAUUGGGUAGUUUUUACAAAUACCAAAACAUUAAGAAAUUAGAAUUAUGUCAUAAAGCUAAUCAUUCAGGAGUAAACUUUAUGUUAACAAGAACUAUGAAUACCAUCUAAAGAAGGAUAUAUCUGGUAUAAAAGUUAAAGUAUGUUUGUGUUUUCUUUUAUGUGGUGUGACUGUUCCUGUUAUUUUCAAGUGAAGACAAAAAAAAAAGCUUUAAAAUCUCUGAUCUUUGUCACAAUGUUUGCAGCAUGUGUUAUUAUUUUGAAGUGCAAUGAUGACAAUUAGUCAUAUUAUUUUCUAUGUCUCUUAUUAUUUGGUUAUGUGAUAGUGCUCACCAUGUUUCGUUAUGUCUGUUUGAACUGAAGAGACAAUAUUUUUGUUUAAACUUGAUAUGAAAAACUAAAUAUGCAGUUAGGUGCAUUCAUUAUAUGCUCUUCCCACCGCAUUUAUUUAAUUCAAUCAUUUGUGUCUUCUUUAUUUUUUGAUGCAUAUAACAUGAUGAAAUUCAUGAGUUUAUUCUAUAUCUAUGCUAAUUUAUUAUGAUAUUUGAUCACUCUAAAUGCAUGUGAAUGCUAUUAUUUUUCUUCACAAACUCAAGACGUGAUUUGAUUUUUGUUGAUGUAGAUGAACAGGGAUACGUGAUAUACUUAUAAACGGGUUAUGAAUUCAAUGAAGAUUGGAAUGAAGUCUUGAAUGAUGAGACCAUUGACAUGGUUUCUAUGGAUGUUGAUAUAGUAGAAAAGAGCUGUUUCUGACAAAAGAACUGAAAGAAUCUAGUCAUGAAGUCAGGGAUGAGUCGAACAUUUUUAAUGUAGAUCAUCCACAUAAAAAGAAGGAUUUUGAGUGAUUCACUUAUUGUCAUUGGUUUCAAAUCAAUAUAAAGUGAUUGGAAUUGUUGAUUAUAAUACACUGGAAAAGUAAUGAAUACUGCAAGGCUUUGGAAUCAUACCAAAAAAAAGAAAAUAUCAUUGAAUUUUUCUGUGAGUCACAUUCAUAUAAGACUGCAAACAAAUUUUCAGCCCCAAACAUUUCAGAUAGGGUUUUCUUUCUUCAUAUUUUGAUAUAAGGGAAUCCGAAUGGCAUUCUUUUGCUGUUUACUAUUUUACUAUACUAUUCUUUUAAACAACAUAAAAAUAACUUAAAAACUUGCAAUGAUUGUAUUCACCCUUUUCCACAGAAAAGUUUCUCAAGUACACUUUCUUUAAUUUCAGGUCUUCAAGUUACUAGUUAUGAUAUUAAUUACAGGAGAAAAGCAUGUUAAAUUUGUCCUGCAAUUUUAAGGGAACAUCGACAGAAUAUGUGUUAUCAAAUGAUUUUGAUAUUAAAAUAAUUGUCCUCGUGAGAUGGAAAUUUUGAUAGACUUAUUAACCCUAGUAAUAUAAUAAUGCUUAAUAUAGAUAGGCAUGUAUUAUCUCAUUUGUCUAUUUCAUUUCAAUGUUUACUUUAUCAUGUUGAUCCACCUUAGGUUCACUUGAAAUUAAAUUGGUUAUUAGGGUGUACAUCUCUGACUUCAUGACUAGAUUAAUGGAAAUAUUAUAUGAUCUGUGACAGUGUUCAGUAUGAUAUGUACAUAAAGAGAAGACUAUGGAUAAGUGAAAUACAAUAUGUGAUACAAUCUAUGUGGUUUGUAUGUUGUUCAUGGAAGGAGGUGCGUAAUAUUCAACUCCGAUGAAAGUCUAUUGAAUUUUGUGUAUUUUUAUUCUACCUCUGUAUGUGUAAGUUUGCAAGUGAGUGCUAACUUGCCAAUUAAUAUAAAGAAGAAAAGGAAAAUCAUGAAAAAACAAAAAUCUAAAUAGUAUGCCAGUUUCUCAAGAGUGUAAAUGAAAAAAAAAAAUCUCUCUUGGAGUGAUUGAGCAUAGUGUAUAUUAUAGAAAGUAGGUGUAUAGCUAUAACCAAAGCAGUGCAGUUGUAAUGAAAGCAACAAGUAAUAGAUAUAUCUAUCUGUGGGAUUCCUUUUAAGUUAAACAAUAUUGCUUUACAGGGAGAGUAGCACUGUGCACAUUGCUUUUUUUAUUUUAAAUAAUUUUGCAUUUUCCCAAUUUACCUGCCUUUUCUACCUUGUCUCACCAAUGUAGGAUACUUGAAAGAAGUACACUAUUAGCCUUUUGAAUAAGGAUUAAUAUAAAAUGCAUCCUUGCACAAGUCUUGUGAGUUCAUUCAUUAUGGUACCCCUAUUAAAGAAUGUCCAUUCUGCAGUAAUUUGCCAAAUAAUUUUCUGCCAAUUUUGUUCAGAGAUGUGCCAAUUUUUUUUAUUCUAAUUUCUCCCAUUUUUUUUCCAAAAGAGAUAAUGCAUUUUCAUUGAACCAAGAUGUAAUUAAAUACAGACGUUUUUUUUUUAAUGAAACGUUGCUUGAUAAUUUUAUGCUAUAACUGUCCAUGUUGAACAAUAUGUUCUGGUCAUUUUUUAUUAAAUCUUAACUCUAAUACUAACAUUUAUUUUCUUAGCAUCCUAUUCUCCAUUUCAUAGGCCUCCCCACCGUUUGUAAUUCUUUGGCCUCUCUUUUUCUCUCUUUAAUUUUUUGUAGAUAAGAGAUUCAAGUCUUGGUCACUGCCUAUGUUUUCUUAUGAAAAGGAAUUAUUCAUUAAAAAUUAUGCAAAUGUGUUGGAAGGCUUUUUCUAUGAUUUUCUCUUUGUUAAUCUCUUUAUUUGCCAAAGUAUAUGAUAUUUAUAUUUCCUUUAUGUCACUCAGUAUUUGUAUUUUCCUGUAAUGUUUUCUAUUUUUGUUAUGAGAAACCCCUUCAUCUUAUGCAAUAAAGUAUUUAUGUUCAUAUUUUUAAUAGUGUAAAAGGCAACAUGUAUGUAGUGUCACAUACAGUUUUCUUAAUUUAUUUUCAGCAUAUACCACAAAAUAUAUGGUUUGAAUAAAGUUAAAUACUAUAAAAUUAUAGAAUCUAUUGCCUUUGCAAUGUACAUAUAGACACAAGUUGAAUUGUAUUUAUUCCAUUCAUAUUGUUUGACAAUCCAGUGACUGCAUAUCCUGACACAAAUCUCCACUUCAUAAAUAAAAAUGAUGUUAUUUUUCAACAUAUUCUGUUCCCUUUGAUAAGUCCACAUUUUCUUAUUUAGCUAAAUGGUAGUGCCAAAACAAAUUAACAUGCAUGCAUUGGUUCUAUCUCUUUAAUGUUACAAACAUAUAAGUGUUAUGUGAGUAAUAUAUUUUUUUUCUUCAGAAAAUAUUGUUAAUUUCCAUUAUAAAAAUGGAAUGGUUGUAAAAGUUGCAAAUAUUGGGAACAGUUGAAUUCUGUUAUUUGCUAAAUAUUAUUUGUACAGUGUUGUGUAUAUGAAAAAGAUGCUAUCAUUAUUAAAUGCAAGAAAACCAUAA